UAAUAGGCUUCAAACCCUACCCCGCUCAAUUCGUACGCAACCUUGCAAGGAACAAUGGCAUUUUGAAGACCUAAAAACAUUUUGAAGAAGGUUAACCCUAAAUUUCUGAGCUUGAUUUGAAGAUGGAGAUGGACUCAUCCCAACAAAGACAAACAAUGGAGGGGCCUACAUGUCAUGUCCCGUUUGCUAUGAAAUUGGGCUUCACAGAUGAUGUUACUGAGGCAGAAGCAGACCUGUUAUUUGAAGAGGAGUUCAACUCUAAAAAUGAAGAUGAUGAGGAGCUACUUCAUGACCGGAGUUUGCUAAGGAAGCUGGUCACAAAUUUUAAGAAUCUUCAUAAAAGUAAAGGACCAAAUACUGAUAUCCAACCCACAGUUCAAGAAGAGGAGAUUUGGGAGGGGAUGGUAAUGAAACUGAUUACUUCAGUUCUAGUGAAGAAGGAAGUUACAAAUCUGGUUCUGAUCUUGAAGAAGAAGACAGUGUGAGAGUGAAAUCCAUAUUUCCAAGCUUCAAUCGUGAUGAUAAGGUAGAGUUUUCUUUGGGAAUGAGCUUUGAGUCAAAAAGUCAAGUCAAAGAUGCCAUGGACAAAUACUCAGUCACCAAUAGGUAUCUCUAUUAUUGGGCUAAAAAUUGUGCCAAUACGCUUAGGGAUAAAUGUUCUAAUUUAAACAAGGGUUGUACAUGGAUGGUCUACAUUGGCAUUGACAACAGAUCUAGCAGUAAGAAGUGAGUGGUGAAGACUUAUCAUAGUGAACAUACCAGUAACCCAGGGUGGCAGCUACCCUGGAAUUGAAUUGCAAAGAGCAUUCUGGAAGUGCUGCAAGCCUUCAUCCAAAAGGGAGUUUGAACAGAACCUGGAGGCUUUGAAAUCUUUU